AUGGUAGCUUGCGAAAUCCAAGAAUGCGGGAAGUGGUGGCAUCAUUGGUGUCUGAUGACGGUACAAGAUGAUGGUGAAAAGGAUGCCGCUUCGGAUUAUGUGAUUUUCUCUCCUCAGGUGGGAAAUCAAGAAAAUGACAAUUUGAUUUUCAUUUGUCCUGAUUGCUUAAAGCCACCUGGUCGAGGUUAUGCCAAUGAAGCGGCUGCGGCUAUGUUAACUUUUCUGGAAACAAUGAGACGACUCAAGCUAGGCGAUCAGGAUUCCGAGUUGAGAUCGGCUGCGACAAUAACGGAGGUUCCUGAAACCCCUGGCCGAAUACUGUCUUCUUCAGCAGAUCCUGCUCCAAAUGAGCCACCCACUUCUCUACAGACUCUAGGUUGGUCAAAUACAGAAAGAGAAGUCUUCGAGCCAACUAGAAUCGAGAAAUUCCAAGGUUACGACAAGUCUGAAGUCACAACUCUCAUGCGACAUCUGGAUCAAUCUAUAGUCAACUUCUCCCGAGACACAUGGGACAUCGUGGAAAGGCUCAGGAACGACGAAGAAUACAAGUUCCACAGUUGCAACCCGUUGCCACUGGCUACCUGGGAUAUGGUUGACUCUUGUGCGAACGUCGUUCCGGGAACACAUUGGUACACCACUGAGAAUGUACAGAAUAUGACAAGAAGUCACGCGCCAAUUACGGCGGCACUACGAGAGGUGCUUGGUGUUCCUCGAGACAUGCCCCUCAAAAUUGAGCACAAGUUGAAGAGCAUGCCGUUUCAGAAGGUCUAUGCGACCCUCAUCUGGUGGUUCGUGGUGGAUGUUCUGCUCAAUAAAAUCGACAUCUAUGAGUUGCCAAACAUGAAGCCGAUGAGAAUCAUGAUGUGGGCCGUGCAACGCUUUGCGGAAGAGAGAUGGCCGAAGCAAGGCAAGGAAGCCCUCCAGGAGGUGGAGUUACGAACAUGGAGCAGACCAGAAUUCCAAGCCGUGCUGAUGGAAAACAAAAAAUUCCUCACGAGCAAGUUCGAUGCAUUCCUUGAGCCGAUGACGAAAGGCUAUGACAAUAUUAGCAAAUAUUCUCAUCCAAAGCAUGACUUGAUAGAGGCAUUGAUCAAGCUUUGGUCGUACUUCCAAUCACUGCGGGGAACUGUCAGGGACAUCAAGCCUAACAUCGGGGAUCCAUUUGAUCCCAACCUCUUCCAAUUAGCAGGUGAUGACACCACGUUGAAUCCAGACGAAAGCUUCAGAGUGGCCUGGAUUAUUCGCCGAGGCUUUGCGUACUAUGGCAUUGAUGGUGCACUGGUUGUAAGAGAGAAGGCGGUUGUCAUGGUCGAAUAA